AUGGUGGACCAGAAGGAAUUGCUGGCUGCCUUAGAAGUCCAACAUAAGCGAGACAAUCGGCCUGGUAUCACCAGAAAGGCUGUCGCUGAAAUCAAAAGCUCAGCUAUCUUUCAGGUGAACUGGGAAGACCUUCUCAAGUCAGCUCCGAUUUCAAUCAACGCGCUCGGUGCGGCUCUUGUGGCCUCCUCAUCGGAGACAGCCACCACAAUCGAGUUCACGCCGCCGAAGGGCGGCUUCAAGUUCUUGCAGCUGCUUCGAGUGGCUGGUGCUGAUGGACAAUCCAGGUUCACCUCCUUAAGGGCGAACCUGGUCGACUGCAGUAACAGGGGGCGCUUGGCCUUCCUGGAUGCUGAGGAUGGCAUGUUAAGGAUCAAUAAUAUCUCCCAUAUCAUCUACGACAAGGUCGCCGAGAUCAAAAUCAUUGGGAGCCCUGAUCCAGCAGAUGUCCAUAAAAUGCUCGUGCCUCAGCUGCGCAGUGUGAAAAAGGCCGCCGAUGAGUGUCACACCCGUGCUCUCCAGAUGGACAAGAAAUUCGAGGAAUGGCUGUGGUUCGCAGCCGAUCUCCAUUCGAACUGUGUCCAAGAGCAGUCCAGUAAUGAAGAAAGACUCUUGGCCACAAAAGUCAACAUGUCUGUCGCCCAACGGCAGUUCGACUCUCAGAAGAACACCGUUGAAGAAGCGAAGAAGAUAUCGGAGAAGCUAGGAAAGCAGCUCGAUGUCGCUUCUGAAGCCUACAAGAAGGCUUCCGAUAGCUUCCCUUCCGGCUGGGAUAUUCUCGGCCAGCAAAUUGUUGGCGAGCUUGCCGACACCUUGACAACUGCGCUAGGCCAGGCAAUCACUGCAUAUACCUCCAACCUUAACCCGGUCGCUCGAGCCGAGAAAGGGGUUGAGAUGUUUGAGGAUGUCGUCAACGGAGGCAAAAAUGCCCCAAAGAGUGGAGAGGCGCCUCCUCCACCUCCCCCAGCGCCCCCCAAGCCCAAGAGUCCUCUUCCCCAAUACAGCGAUGACCCGGCAUACGUUCAGGUCAAGCCAGCCAUGGUCUAUCUGACAGUCCUGAAUGCCCUGCUGACCUCAGGGAAGGACGGUGGUGUCAACUGGGAGAGUGCCGUUGAUUCGCCAGAUAAGCCGGACAAGACUGCUUCCUUUACCUCCAAAAUGCUGAAGGAUACCCUGGAGAGAUUCGAGGAGUCGGCUACUGAGAACCCUCACAGUCAGAAGCUCCUGGAAGUUCUCCAGACCGCUACUGAGGUCGCCAACGCAGUCACCGAAGAAGCCGCCAAGCUAAAGGACAUCAGCAAAGAUCCACCCAAGGCUGACUCGCAGCUGGUUAAAGGCUGGCAAGAGAAGUUCCACCCGCAAGCUCCUCUAAUGGCCACCACCGAAGACCCUGCCGUCCAGAUCGCAAAGACGAAUGCCAAAUCCGCCCAGGCGCAGGCUGGCCUGGCUGCGGCUAAGGAUCGACUGCACACGACCCAACAAACUUUCCUCUCAACGCAAAAGAUAUAUCAGGAGGCCUCGUCCACCCUUAUUGAGCAGGAGAACAAGCUCACAGCCAUCCAAGCCGAGCUCCAGCGCCAGACGAAGCUAGAGCCAUCAUUGACUGAAAUCAAGAGUGUUCUUCGUCAGUGCAUCUCACUGGUAAUGGUCGUCAAGGACAAUAUCAUGCAGCUCUGCCGGUUUUUCAAGGCCAUUAGCUCGACCAUUGAUGUCGUUGUGGAACACACAGUGAACGACUUUAUCGAGACGAUCAGCAGUGGAGCCAGCGACGUGCAGAUGAGCAACUUCACGCUCAGUGUCCUGCAAAAAUCGAUGAUCUACAAGUACGCCGUCAUCCUGCGGGCGUACUUUGAAACCUUUGGAGACAUUGCCACGAUGUGGAAAGAGCUUUCCGAGGAGAACAUCAUACCCGGGUUGAAGAUGAUUGACGGUCUGAGUGUGGAAUUGACCAAAGACCAGAUGGCAACCAAGGUGGCCGAACUCUCCAGCUGGUCGCAGAAUGCAUCGGCCAACAUCGUCAGCAUCGCCUCCGCAAAACGCAAGGAAAUAGAAGGCGGGAUGGAGGAGCGAGUCGAGGACAUUGCACAGUCUACGCAGAGUCUCCCGCCCUCUCCUCCGGCCAAGAAGGCCAUUGAGGAAGCGGCCAAGGAGGUGACGACUACUGCAACGACUGCGGUGAAGGAGAAUGCGCAGAACAACCCCCUUUCCCGCUUCGAACUUUAG